CUGUUUGUGGAAUCAAUGGAAUUCUCAGAACAUAUUAAAACAGCAAACGUUGACGAUGUUGUGCUGAAACAACCUUUCCACGCGCCGAUGAAAGGAACACUGUGCGUGACUGGCCACCACCUACUUUUCUCUGACAGGAGUGGAGACAGCUCCUGGCAACUUCUUUUAUUGCUUAGAAACAUCGAUGCCAUCGAGAAAAGUGUGGAGAACCUGCUGGGAUACUCCAGCACAGGCUCAAAUAUCAGGCCGGUGGGAUCCUCUGGCACCAUCACAAUUAAAUGUAAGGACUUAUGCAUUCUUCAGCUGGACAUUCCAGGCAUGGAGGAAUGUCUGAAUGUGGCCAGAUCCAUUGAGGCUCUUUCUUCAUUGGACAAUGUCACAGAAAUGUACCCAUACUUCUAUAGACCUUCUUGGCUUAGUCUAGAUGACCAAUGGGGCUUAUCAACUCUAGAGAAGCAUUAUGAUCAGUUAGGGGCUCUGCAGGUCAAGUGGAGGCUGAGUAAUGCCAACUCGGACUUCUCCGUCUGUCCUUCAUAUCCACCCGCUGUCAUCGUGCCUCAGUCUGUAGAUGACCAGAUGCUGGUGAAGGCUGCCCGCUUCAGACAGGGAGGACGCUUCCCAGUGCUUAGCUACUACCAUCAAAAAAACGGCAUGGUGAUUUUGCGCAGCAGCCAGCCGCUGACGGGAGCCAAUAGGAAACGCUGCAAGGAGGACGAGCUCUUCCUACAGGCUGUGAUGGACGGGUCAGAGAGAGCUUACAUCAUAGACACCCGUUCUGCCCAGCAAGCCCAACAGGCCAGGAUGACGGGGGGCGGCUUCGAGUCCAAGUCCUGUUAUAACUCAUGGAAGAGACUCCAUCGCCACAUGGAGAGGGGUAAGGUCCUCCAGGAGAGCCUUAUAAAGCUGGUUGAAGCGUGCGGAGACCAGUCACACAGCAUGGACCGCUGGCUCAGCAAGCUGGAGAACUCCAAGUGGCUCUCCCAUGUCCAUAGUGCAUUGUCCACAGCAGGGCUGGUGGCAGAGUGUGUGGAGAGGGAUGGCCACUCUGUCCUGGUUCACGGUUCUGAAGGCACUGAUACCACCCUGUUAGUGUGUACUUUGGCUCAGCUGAUACUGGACCCAGAGUCCCGCACGCUGAAAGGCUUCCUCAGUCUGCUGGAGAGGGAGUGGGUACAGGCAGGUCAUCCCUUCCAGCUGCGCUGUGCCCACUCGGCCUACUCCCACACCCGUCUAAGGCAGGAGGCUCCGGUCUUCCUGCUGCUGCUGGACUGCGUAUGGCAGCUCGGCCGGCAGUUCCCUCUGGCGCUGGAGCUGGGCGAGCCACUGUUGCUCCGGCUAGCCCGGGAGGCCUACGCCUCCGACUUUGGGACCUUCCUCUGCAACAACGAACAAGAACGAUGUGUACUUGAAGUGAAAGACAGGACACACUGUUUGUUCCAGUUCCUGUUAAGGUCCAGUGAGAGGGAGCACUACGUCAAUCCGCUGUACGAACCGACAGACCUUGCUAUCUGGCCCUCUGUGCAGCCCCAGUCCCUGCACCUCUGGACAGGGUUGUUCCUGAGGUGGAGCGAUCAUACCCAGACCAUGGAGGAGGUGCGGGAAGAGAUCUGGAGCAUUGUGACACAACACUGUGGCAGGGGCUGAGAUCCACUGAACAGGCCCAUGUCAUCACUGCAUCAAGUGUCUUACAGAUGCCUAUACACUCUGAAAUAAUCAGCCUCACAAAGGACAGUGAGGAGGAAAUGCAGACUAGACAUUGAUCAAGCUUGGUGAUCAGAAGAGCUUUGGAUUAACCCACCUGUUGUUUUGACUUACAGCACUUCAAACCCUAUGAAUGUGAGCACAUCUCCUUGUCACGGGCACAUACAUUAUAGUCUACAUUUGUCAAAUUAUGUAUUCUAUAUAAUCUAUAUUUUAUUGCCAUAUUUUCUUUAACUGCUGUAAAUAUUUUUGAGUCUGGCUAGCCUAUAAUUAAAAUAUUUCAUAUUUGAAAAGUGCUUCCACAACAAAUGUA